UUUCAGUAUUUAGUUCUUGUUAAAAUUGAAACUUGAAUAUGAAUUUUACAUGCGUGACUUCAAAUUGAUGAAUGAGCGAAAUUAAAGUGAACUAUGAAGGCAUUUAUAAUUUGAAAUGGUUAUCUUUAGGUUUAAAUAUGAGAGAGAAUCUAACUUGGCGGUCUUGGUAGCAUACUCAAAAUUGGUUACACUUUAGAGUUCAUACGAAAGUCUAUGUCCCAAGCUAAACUUAUGGUAAUUUGUAGUGGAUUGGCAUGGUUAAGAAAUUAUGAAAUGAAAAAGUUAUGAUAUAAAUAGUGAUGAACUAAAUUUGAAGGUAAAUAGGUACAAGUUAAAUGGGUUUAGAGAGGCCAAAUUCUCUCCCAUGAAAGCUUUAUACGAAACACUCAACAAAUUGUUCGAUGCCUUCAUCGCUCUAUUCUUCUCUAUUUCAUGGACUUUCUCCUAAUUCAUUUCCCUCUUUUUCCUGUAACUAAUGUUAAUAUCUUCAUAUGCAAAGGCAUAAAAUCUGCUGUUGGUGUUUCUAUGUUUUAGUUGGUGGGACCCAUCUUUCACAGUUGUGACUGUUAGCUUUUAUAUAAAUUAGGGUGAAAUGACUCAAAUGACAUCUAAUCUGUUGAUUAAAACAAAAUAAGUAAUUGAUUUUAAAAAUAUUUUGAAUGGUUAAGUGCUAUCCAUUUGGGAUUUCGCGGAUGAAAUAAGGGAAGACUAUUAGAAUAACACAAAAGGGUAAGAGCUAGAAGGAGAAGGAAAUUUAGUGAGGCAAAAAACAUCAAGGGUUUAGGAAUUUUUGGAUCAAAUCAUUAGAAAUUUUUUUUUUUGAAGUAGUAGGUUGACAAGAAGAAGGAGGUAAGUAACAAUUUUGCGUUGGUUUGUAGGGUCAGGGGACUUUUUCCAAAAAAAUUUUGGGGCAAAAAUUGGAAAACAUGGAAUAAAUGGUUUGAGAAGGAAAAUGACCUCUAAACAAUUUGCUAGAUUAGUAGUGAAAUGCACGUAGUGUUUAGGCUAUUUAGGAUUUUUGAUAAAAUGGGCCAUUUUUAGAAAGUUGUUGAUAGGUUGGGCCGUUUGUGUAAAUUUUAUUGUCAUAAUGUGCAUAAGAAUUUGAAUACUAACUUUUUAUUUAACAGAAAGAAAAUGAGUCCUCAAGGUUUGAGGCUCAAAGGAUUGGCUUCCUUCAUGUCUCCUUGUGGUAGUUCAGAAAAAUAUCUAUUUCUACGUAAACCUGCUCUUGAGUCUGCUUUGGCAAAGAUACUAGUUAAAAAGAAGGUCAAACGAGUUGAAGAACUGCUGGCACAGUAUGAGACCCUAGAUUCUCCAAAACCUCGAUAUGUUCGUGUAAAUACUUUGAAACUGGAUGUUGACUCUGCUGUCAAAGAACUCGAAAAGCAUUGCACAGUUCUCAAGGAUGAUUUAGUUCCAGAUCUAUUGAUUCUUCCACCUGGUGUAGACUUGCAUGACCACCCUCUAGUCACAGGUGGAGGUGUCUUUCUUCAGGGCAAGGCAAGUUCUAUGGUAGCAGCUGCCCUUGGACCCCAGCCAGGUUGGAAGGUCCUUGAUGCAUGCUCAGCUCCAGGGAACAAAACUGUUCAUCUUUCUGCUCUCAUGAAAGGGAAGGGAAAGAUUGUGGCAUGUGAGUUGAAUAAGGAUAGGGUGAAUCUUCUCCGAAAUACAAUCCAAGUUGCUGGAGCAAAUAAUGUGGAAGUCCAUCAUGGGGAUUUUCUAAUCAUCAACCCAGACGAUCCAGCCUUCUCAGAGCUUCGUGCUAUACUCUUAGAUCCCUCCUGCUCAGGAUCUGGGACUGCCGCUGAUAGACUGGACCAUUUGCUCCCUUCACAUAUGACUAAUCAGGAAACUGACUCGAAUGCAAAUCGGUUGACAAGACUUGCAGCUUUCCAGAAGAAGGCUUUAGAGCAUGCACUAUCUUUUCCAUCUGUUGAGAGGAUUGUUUACAGCACAUGCUCAAUCCAUCAAAUUGAAAACGAAGAUGUAAUAAAAUCUGUUCUGCCGCUAGCUUUAAAGAAUGGGUUUGAGCUGGAAACACCCUUCCCUAAAUGGCCUCGUCGAGGUUUUCCAGUGUUUGAAGGCUCUGAACACUUGCUUCGAAUGGAUCCCAUUGAGGACAAAGAAGGCUUCUUCAUCGCCUUAUUCGUGAGGAAAAGCGGAAACCAAAGACAGCCUGAUCCUUGCAAAGGAGAUUGCUGCGCAAACCAUAGCAGCACACAACCAUUGCCUUUUACUAGGCUUUCAAAGAUGUGGCUACUCUCCAUGAUUUCGUCUCAGAAGCAGACGCAUAGAAAAAGAAUGAAAUGAAAUGCAACAUAAUAAGAUAAGUUAAAGGCACCCCAGAUAUCGUAUUAGUAUUAACAUUUGGGGCCAUUUUCUGGAAACGAAAUCCUACGUAAUGGAGAAGGUCAAGGCAACCCAGAAAUUGUAUUUGUAUGAAAAUUUUAUGCCACAAUUUGGUAAUGAAGUCCUACAUAAUAGAGAAGCUAAACAGACAAUCCAUUAAAUGUGCUAGCGUCAUUUUCUGAAAUUGAGGCUCCACAUAAUAGAGAUGCUAAUUGCUAACCCAGAAAUUUUUUAGCAAUUUCUGGAGAUAAAACACUGCAUGAUAUAUAAAUGUUCAAUGCAACCCAGAAAUUGUACUUUGAUAAAAUUCUUUCGUUAAUUAAUUUUGAUUUUAACACGUUCUGUUUUUUGUGUUCUUUU